AUGCAGUCACGGCGAUCGUCCAUGAAGCCAGCCGCGGACGCGAUCGGGCGAAGCGUCAACAAUCAAAGGCGUCUCACCGAGUACCAGGUCAUUGGGCGUCACCUGCCCACCGAGGCUAACCCCACGCCCAAGCUGUACCGCAUGCGCAUCUUUGCGCCCAACACUGUUGUCGCUAAGUCCCGGUUCUGGUACUUCCUGACCCAGCUCCGCAAGGUCAAGAAGGCCAACGGUGAGAUCGUCAGCAUCAAUGUGAUCAGCGAGAAGCGCCCUACCAAGGUCAAGAACUUCGGUAUCUGGCUCCGCUACGACUCCCGCUCCGGCACCCACAACAUGUACAAGGAGUUCCGUGAGAUGAGCCGCACCGAGGCUGUUGAGGCUCUCUACCAGGACAUGGCUGCCCGUCACCGUGCCCGCUUCGGCUCCAUCCACAUCCUUAAGGUUGUUGAGAUCGAGAACGCCGACAGCAUCCGCCGCCCCUACAUCAAGCAGCUCCUCUCCAAGAACCUCAAGUUCCCCCUGCCCCACCGUGCUGCCAACAGCAAGAAGGUGUUCGCUUACUCUCGUCCCUCUACUUUCGCGUAA